CGAUUGCUUUCCCCUAGUUGGGGAGGAGUCUGCGCCAGAUGUCUGCUUUCCAUUGGCUGAUUGGCGAGGCGGCUGCACCCCAUUGGCUGAGGGCACAGGGAGACGGGCGCUGAGGGGGAAGAUCGAGAAGAUGGCGUCUCUGGGCUCGCCGCUCCGUACCCUGCGGAGCCUCCUUCGGGAGCUGCGCUACGUGAGCGCCCAGGCGGGCCGCCCCUACCGGGACAUGGAGGCCUAUCAGCACCUCCGGGAGGCCUUCCGCGCCCACCGGAUCACCAGUGAGAAACUCUGCAGGGCCCAGCAUGAGCUGCAUUUCCAGGCGGCUACUUAUCUCUGUCUUCUGCGCAGUGUCCGUGAACACCUAGCGCUUCACCAGGCGUACCAUGCCAAAGGGGAGCGCUCCACUGAGGAAGCUGCUGGCCUUGUGGGCCUUAAACUGCCUCAACAGCCAGGAGGGAAAGGAUGGGAUCCAUAGGAAUGGAAGAGGUCACUAGAAAGGUUUCAGAGUGGUAGCCGAGUUAGAUUUUUGCUUUGUUACAAUUCCUAUUUAUUGUUAAAUAAAAAUCAGUUUAUUGAAA